AUGAGCACAUUAGACGAAAUAGAAGAAGAAGCAAAAGCGACAGCUGAAAAAAUGGUUAUGAAUAUGAUGCAAAGACCUGGUCAACUAGAAAAAGUAGAACAGUAUAAGAAAAGAAUAACCCAUAAGAAAGCAUCCAUUGAGGCCCAAUUGAAGUCAGCGGUUCAAGGCAAGUUAGAUGGGGUCAGUGUGGGUCUCAAGCAGCUGCAAGAAUGCCUUGAUGAUGUUCAACAAAUCAGCUUAAUAAUGGAUGAACUUGAAGAGCAUUUCAAAAGUGUUCCACCCCUCGUAGCGUCCCUGCAAGCGGUCCGAGAAGAAGACUCGCGCCAUUCUCAAUACGUUACAGCUAUGGAUAGCUUAAAACAUAUAUUUACUGUGCCCGAAAGUGUUGCCAAAACAAAACAAUGGAUCGGUGAAGGAAAACUAUUGCACGCUCAUCAGUGCCUUACUGAUUUAGAAAAUUCAAGAGAUGAUUUAUUAUAUGAACUGCAUAGAUUACCAAAUCAGUCAUCACAUGACAAAAUAAUGUUGAAAGCAUAUUUUGAAGACGUGGAAAUGGUGUCAAAUUUAUUAGAGAAACAAAUUAAGCUUAUUUUGGCUAGAACACUAAACACAGUACGCAAGGAACCAACUGUUAUAGUAACAGCAUUAAGAAUUAUUGAAAGAGAAGAGAAAAAGGAUCAAAUGGCACUGCAGCAACAAAACCAGUCAGGUUUUAUGCCACCAGGCAGACCGAAAAAUUGGAGAUCGAAGGCUUUCGAAGUAUUAGAAUGUGCUGUGGCUCAACGGAUUGAAGGUACACGUGUGGAUGAACGGGAGGACAACAAAUUGUGGCUAAUUAGAUACCUUGAGCUAACACGACAAUUAAUAUUAGAAGAUCUAAGAGUCGUGAAGACCCUGUGUGUGCCUUGUUUUCCUCCACACUACGACAUCGUCAACAAAUACGUCAACAUGUAUCAUACAUGUUUGUCUUCAAGUCUUCAAGAUCUUGUACAAAAUGGUCUGGAGGGCAAUGAAUAUGUGACUCUUUUAUCGUGGAUCCUUAACACCUACCCUGGGCACGAGCUGAUGUCCAGCGAGGAACUCAACAUCGACGUGACGACACUGCCCCCACUGCUAAGUGAAGAAAGUAUGCUGAGACUGGAAAAAGAAUAUUUGCAAAAAAUGGAGUCUAACUACAUGGAGUGGAUGGAGAAGACGCUCGAGUCGGAGCGCGCGGAGUGGGGAGGCGAGCGCGCGCCCGACGUCGAGCCGCACACCAACGCGUUCCACACGCAUGCGCCCGUCAUCAUAUUCCAGAUGAUCGACCAGAAUCUGCAGGUAACUGAAACUAUAAGCAAGGAUAUUACCUUCAAAGCGUUAUUGCUGAGUAUAGAUCAAGUUACUCGCUAUGGCAAUAUGUAUCGCGAAGGAGUCAUUCAAUUUAAGAACUCGCACUUCGCGGACCGGUCGCGCGUGGCGUACUUCACGCACCACAUGAUCACGAUCGUGAACAACAGCGAGCAGAUGGCGCGGCUGGCGCAGCAGACGCAGGCGCGCCACUGGCCUCCCGGCCGCCACGACCCGCCCGCCGAGGCCAAGUUUGACGCCAUGCUGGCCACCUUCCAGAAAUUGCGAGACGAGGCAGCUCAAUUUCUUUUAGAAGAGGCGUUCUUAGAUCUUGAAGUACAUUUCGACGACCUGUUUACUCCGAAAUGGCUAUCAUCUAGCAUUCCAGUUGACACCAUAUGCGUCACGCUCGAAGACUAUUUCCAAGAUUACAACCAUCUCAGAGAGAAAAACUUUGAGUAUGUGAUUAACGAAGCCCAGAACCUAGUGUAUAAGAAAUAUAUAACAGCAAUGUUAUCUAAAAAAAUGACAUUCAAGAAUGUAGAGGAAGCCCAACAAGCGGCUAAUAAGAUCGUGAAAGAAGCUAAUCAAAUAAGGGCAUUUUUUAGAAGAAUUGCCCCCGAAGGCGUUAACGUGGAUUGGCCGUUUGAAGUAAUAAAAAUGCUGGCGGAGGUGCUCAGGUGUCAGGACAUCGAGAUGCUGUCGCUGGACCUGCACGGCGUACUGGACAAGUGUCCCGACGUGUCGGAGGAGCAGCUGACGCGGCUGCUGGCGCUGCGCGGCGACGUGCCGCGCGCGCACGUGCGCGACACCGUGGCGCACGUGCUCGCCACGCGCCAGCCGCCCCGCGCCCCCUCGCACCCCUCGCUCUUCAAACAGAUCACGUUCAGUGACCGCCUGCUGUCUCAUUUCGCUCUGUAA